AUGAGCUUGUUGCAAUUCUGCCAGCUCUACCAGUUUCAUUUCCCAAAUAACCUUGUCAGUGAAGCUCCUCAUCACGAAUCAUCAACAACAACGAGGAUGCCACCUCUUUCAGUCCAAGACGAACCCACAUCAUUGCAAGUCGAGAUUCGCUUCAAGAACCUCACGCUAGGAGUCGACAUGGUGGAAGUUGAUGUAGACGAGAAUGCGGAACUUCCGACGACCACGAACUACGUCAAGCAUCGCUAUGGCGGAUGCUGCUCCAAGAAGACGACGGCACGUCGUGAGAUCCUGAAAAACAUCAGCGGCGUCUUCAAACCAGGAACCAUGACACUCGUGCUUGGACAACCAGGAUCGGGCAAGUCGGCACUCAUGAAAGUACUGAGUGGGCGGUUCCCCAUGGCCAAGAACGUGGUGUUACAGGGCGAUAUCACCUACAACGGCACGCCACGUGAAGAUGUUUUAAAUCGCUUACCGCAGCUCGUCUCGUACGUCGGUCAGACGGACCAGCACUUCCCCACGCUCUCCGUACGCGAGACACUCGAGUUUGCUCACGCUUUCAGCGGUGACCAUCGUGUCUGCACUGGAACAGAAGAUAACCACGCUGCUCACGUAGCUCAAGCCAUCGCCACUAACUAUCCCCACAUCGUCAUCCAACAGCUUGGCCUCCAGGCUUGUCAGGAUACAAUUGUGGGUGACAGCAUGGUACGAGGCAUCUCUGGAGGCGAGAAGAAGCGCCUCACAACGGGUGAGAUGGAGUUUGGCAACAAGGUUGUGUGUAUGAUGGACGAGUUCAGUACUGGCUUGGGCAGUGCCGCUACAUUCGACAUCAUCAACACGCAACGCAACAUCGCCAAGAAAUACCACAAGACAAUCGUCAUUUCUCUACUUCAACCAUCACCUGAAGUUUUCGAUCUAUUCGACAACGUCCUCCUUCUGAACGAUGGCGAAGUGCUCUAUCACGGUCCACGUGGACAAGUUACUGAAUACUUCAAAGCUCUUGGGUUUGUGUGUCCUCCACGUCGUGACAUCGCCGACUUUCUCGUGGAUCUCUGCACUGAUGAGCAAUGCAAAUACCAAGUCGAUCUGCGCGGUAAGACUCAUCCACAGGAACCCAUCGAGUUUGCAGAAGCGUUUGCACGCUCAGGGAUUCGUAUCGCGACGCUAACAGAGCUGUACUCUCCUCUAUCUCCAGUGAGACUUCGAGAGAUGGAAACGUGUUUAAAACUCCUGCCAGAAUUCCACCAGACUUUCUGGGUAGGUACCUUGACACUCAUGCGGCGUCAGCUACUGGUGACAGUCCGGAACAAGGCAUUUCUUCGUGGUAAGGCUGUACUGCUCAUACUGAUGGGUCUACUAUACGCGAGUGUCUUCUACCAGUUCAACUUUGAAGAUGCUCAGAUGGUUAUGGGCAUCCUCUUCUUCUCCACCAUGUACCUCGCUCUAGCUCAGACGCCCAUGCUACCGCUAUAUUUCGCUGCUCGUGAUGUAUUUUACAAGCAACGACGCGCCAAUUUCUACCGUACCGCGAGUUACGUGGUCUCCAUGAGUGUGAGUCAGAUCUCUAUUACGCUGGCGGAGAGUCUGGUAUUCGGAACAUUGGUGUACUGGCUGUGUGGCUUCGUGCAGACUGCUGGAGCGUACAUUCUGUUCGAGGUGCUGCUGUUCUUGACCAAUUUGGCCUUCUCCGCCUUCUUCUUCUACGUCUCCUGUAUCACGGUGGAUGUCCACGUUGCCAAGCCACUUGCGAUGGUCUCGCUAGUAAUUUCGAUUUUGUUUUCAGGUUUCGUGGUUACACGAACGAAGAUUCCCGACUGGUUUAUCUGGAUCUAUUGGAUCGAUCCGAUCUCGUGGGGACUCCGCAAUCUUGCAGUUUGUCAGUAUCGUCAUGAUGAGUUCAACCAGUGUGUGGUUACUGUAAAUGGCACUGAUUAUUGCACUGAAUACGGGAUGAAUAUGGGCGAAUAUUACCUGAAUCUCUACGAUAUCCAGACGGAGAGAUCCUGGAUAAUUUACGGGGUGAUCUUCAACCUCGUCAUUUAUUUCCUCUUCAUGUUUCUUGCGUAUCGAGCACUGGAAUAUAACCGCUUUGAGACGCCGAAGAACCUCGUUGCACCGAAGAAAAAGCUUACAACUGACUACGUUGAACUCACAACUCCCAAGGCUGAAGACGGUAAAAUACUUGGAGAGAUAUCUUUGUCAAUGUCGACUCGAGAGAAGAACUUCGUGCCAGUCACGCUAGCGUUCAAAGACUUGUGGUACACUGUCCCCAACCCGAGAAACAAGAGCGAAUCCAUUGAUCUGCUUAAGGGCAUCUCGGGUUACGCGCUUCCUGGUAAAAUGACAGCACUCAUGGGUGCUGGAGCUGGUAAGACGACUCUAAUGAACGUGAUUGCUGGUCGGAAAGCUGGAGGAAAAGUACGAGGUCAGAUCUUAUUGAAUGGCUUCCAGGCCACUGACUUGACCAUCCGACGCUGCACAGGCUACUGCGAGCAGAUCGAUGUCCACACAGACUCGGCUACUAUUCUGGAGGCUUUGGCAUUCAGUGCAUUCUUGCGUCAAGGCAGCGAUGUAUCGUACGAAAAGAAGUACGAGUCGGUGACGGAGUGUCUGGAACUUCUCGAGUUGGACUCGAUUGCCGAUCAAUGUGUACGAGGGUGUUCAGUGGAGCAACUGAAGCGAUUAACUAUUGGGCUGGAACUCGCAGCUCAGUCGAGUGUACUCUUCCUGGACGAACCUACUAGCGGAUUGGACGCUCGAGCUGCAAUGGUUAUUAUGGAGGGAAUACGAAAGGUGGCGAACACCGGUCGGACCAUCUUGUGUACGAUCCACCAGCCGUCCACUGAUGUCUUCAUGCUCUUCGACUGUCUACUGUUACUUAGAAAAGGUGGGGAGACCGUCUUCUUCGGCGAUCUCGGUGGUCGUUGUCGUAACCUCAUCGACUACUUCGAGGGUAUCCCGCAAGUACCCAAGAUUUCAGACGGAUAUAAUCCAGCUACUUGGAUGUUGGAAGUCAUCGGCGCUGGUGUUGACCACUCAGUGGACAUUGAUGUGGAUUUUGUCCAGAUAUUCAACGAUAGCAAACUCAAGACUUCGCUGACCGACAACUUGAGUAAAGAAAGUGUGACUGUGCCGGUACCUGGUCAGGAUGAACUCUCCUUCACCAACAAAUGCGCAGCCAGCAACUUGACACAGUUCUACAUGGUUACUCAACGUUUUUUCCGCAUGUACUGGCGAGUACCGACGUACAAUUGGACACGUAUCGUGGUGUACACUGUCAUGGGACUUCUCGUCGGACUGGUAUUUGUUGGCGCCGACUACACGACGUACCAGGAGGUUAACAGUGGACUCGGGAUGAUCUUCUGUACCACAGCAUUCCUUGGCAUCGUGUCACUAAACAGCGCUGUACCAGUGGCAUCGGAGCAACUUGCGUCAUUCUACCGCGAACGUGCCUCGCAGACGUAUAAUUCUUUCUGGUAUCUUCUGGGUUUUGCGCUGGUUGAGAUCCCGUACGUACUCGUGUCAAGUCUGCUCUUCACUGUUAUCUGCUUGCCACUCGCAGGCUUUACCGACGUCGGAGACCUCGCGUUCUACUGGUUAAACUUGACUCUACACGUCCUGUGCCAGAUCUACCUGGGUCAACUACUGUCGUUCGCUAUGCCGAGUAUGGAGGUUGCAGCGUUGCUGAGUGUACUCUUCAACUCCAUUUUCGUUCUCUUUAUGGGCUUCAAUCCGCCGGCUAGUGCCAUACCGCAAGGCUACAAGUGGCUUUUUGCUAUCACUCCCCAACGCUACUCACUCAUGCUCUUCACUGCGUUGCUGUUUGGUAAUUGUCCCGAUGAUGACUACACUCAAGUGAUCCAGUCACUGGAAACGGGUGUUUCGCUGGACAUGACGCAGUUCCCGAGAGGCUGUCAGAUCCUGGAAAACGCACCGCACGCUAUGGGAAGAAUUCCCAUCCGAACAUAUCUCGACAGCGUGUUUGAUAUCCGACACGACGACGUUAACUAUUACAUGCUCAUCAACACUAUUAUGAUCCUGGCGCUGCGUUUCGCCGCACUACUCGCUCUGCGCUUCGUCAACCACCAGAAGAAGUAG